AUGGGGCCAGAACAGAGGGUCAUAGAUGUCAACAGGUGUGGAGGACUUGCUUGGGGGCAAAUGGAAAUUAUUCCUGUCUGGAGGCUGCAGCUGCAGGAUCAGUUGAUGGCCAUCUCAAACCCUCAAGACAUGGCUCCAUCUGAAGAAAGUAAGGUCCUGAGAGCAGAUUUGUCCUGGGGACAUAUGACUGUCAUGGACACCAAUGGUUUGGAGGCAUCUCGUCAGAAGUUCAGACAUUUCCAGUAUCCGAAAGUGUCUGGGCCGCAUGAAGCCCUGAACCACCUCUGGAAGCUCUGUCUUCAGUGGCUGAGACCAGAGAUUCAUACCAAGGAGCAGAUCCUCAAACUGUUGGUGCUGGAGCAAUUCCUGGCAGUCCUCCCUGAAGAAGUCAGGACCUGGGUGAAUUUACUGCAUCCAAAGAACAGCCAAGAAGUGAUAGCCUUCAUCGGGGCUGUGAUUGAAAUGCUCCAAGACGAAGGUACACUUUGCCAGGACUCUGUCCUUCUGGACAGCGAUUCCAAGGAGAAGCAUGUAAAAGCUGACUCAUCAGCAGGCACACCCCAGGAACCAAUAACUCUGAGAGAUGUGGUUGUGGAAUUCAGCGAGGAAGAAUGGGGACUCUUGGAUCCUGCUGUAAAGAAGCUGUACAGGGAUGAGAUGCUGGAGAACUAUAGGAACCUGAACUCGUUGCGUAAAGGUGCCCAUCUGUCCUCUAGCUGUCUAUGCAUCUAUCAUGACAAAGCUAUAGGACUGCUGACAUUGUCAGACAGUGGGACAGUUUCAGAAUACCAGGAUUCGGUGCCACAGCAGAUAGUUUCUGCAGAGGAAUCAUCCCCUGAAGCAGGGCUUACUAAAAGCACACAUUCUUCCCUCCCUGAACGUAAUCAAGAUGAGCUGUGCUUGCAGCCAGUGAAUGUCAUUUGUGAUGUACAGCAGGGACUUCCUAUUGGAAAGAGGUCCCCAGAGGAGCAGAAGUCUCAAAGCACGUAUAAUUUAGACUCUGUGAGUAAGCGACAUCCAAAUGAUAAAGAAGGUGAACAGGCCUUAAGCCUGAGUACACGUCAUAUUCAGCCUCCAAAACAUCAAAUCACCAUCAGUCCAUACGUAUGUGAUCAGUGUGGGACAGCCUUCAGCCGGAGUUCAUCUCUCAUCCGGCAUCAGAUCAUCCACACGGGAGAGAAGCCCUAUAGAUGUGGUGAGUGUGGACGAUCCUUCAACCGGUACACAAACCUGAAGAAACAUCAAGAGAUUCAUACCAAGGCCAAGGCUAGGGAAGGUGACAAAGGGGAAGAAGCCUCUUCUAAGGGUGAAGACAGCAGUACAAGUCGAAAGAAACCCUAUGAAUGUGUUUCCUGUGGCAAAUCCUUCACCCGCAGCUCCUGCCUCCUGAGACAUCAGAUGAUCCAUACAGGAGAGAAACCAUUUACAUGUCAGAUCUGUAAGAAAGCCUUCAGCCGACAUUCAUACCUUCUUAAACAUCAAAAAGGUCAUGUGCAAGUCAAAUCCUGAAAAGGAAGAAAUAACUGGAUGAGGGCAGGCAGAGUGCAGACUCAUUCAGCAUACAUGAAUUUAUGUGAGAGGGAAUCUUGAGUAUACAAUGAUUG